AUGACACAGAAGCCUACAUCCAUCUAUCCAGACCUGCAGCAAGAGCUUACUCCAACAUCCUCGGGUUCCACAAUCUGUAGCUAUUCCUAUCCAAAAGGGAAAGAAGACCCAAUUGCUGUUCUAAUUCAUGGCUAUCCUCAAUCCGCUUAUAUGUAUGUACCUCUCAAUGCAUCCGUUGCUAUGACGCUGAUGGGAAUUGAGCUUAUUCCGGAAUUGAUGCCCCAUGCUUCGCUUUUCGUGCCAGAGCUACCAGGCUACGGCGUAUCCAGUCUUCCUUCUACAGGUCAACACUCCAAACGAGCAGUUGGUGGCGCCAUCCUCGAGGCCCUUACCUCAGUGUUCAACGUCCAAAGCAGCACAGAUGGUGCGCGAAACAUCAUCCUAAUAGGCCAUGACCGAGGAGCGCGAAUCGCUCAUCGUCUAGCAGUCGACAGCGACAACGCCGGAGCUCCGCAUCUGAAGAUCAACAGCGUAGUGCUGAUGGACAUCGUGCCCACCAAAGUCCAGUGGGAAGCAUUCGCAAAUCCACAAGCCUGCGCAGCUUACUUCCACUGGCCAUUCCUGGCGAAUGUAGGUCAAGCCACCAAGAUGAUUCAAGCCUACGGUGGCGAUCAGUGGUGUCGAGACCUCAUUCAGCGUGCCCAAGGAUCGAGUCCGGAAGUUCAAGCUUCCUCCGCGGCAGAUGGGGCACACGAUGUCUACGCUGCAAAUUUCAAGAAGCGAGAUGCUAUUGUAGGAAGUUGUGAAGAUUAUCAGUGUGGAAGUGUGCAGGAGGUGAGUGAACAGACAGAGGAUAAUGAACGUGGGCGGAGGAUCAACGUCCCUACCCUAGUUGUAUUCUCAGAGGAGAAACUGGGAACCAUGCAUAAUGUGGCCGGCAGUUGGAAAGAUUGGAUUGCUGAAGGUGUACAUUAUCAAGCUAGGGGUAUUGGUGGUAAGAAAGGCCACUAUUUGCCUGAGGAGGCUCCGGAGCAGAUUGCGCAUCUCGUACUACAAUGGAUGCAGACAGGCAGUGUCGAAUGA